CUCAACUUCCAGCUCACCUCAAACCACUCUGCAAUUGAUACGUUUCCUUCUAUCCCUCUUCCUCUACUACCUACCAUAACUCAGCUACCUACUACCUACUACCUACUACCUACUACCUACUACCUACUACCUACUACCUACUACCUACUACCUACUACCUAACCUUUCUCUCUUUCCUCCCACGACAUCUGUUGAACGGACUGGCUCGCGUUCUUCUCCUGCACACCCUUCCUUCAUCCCCUCCUUCCCUCCUCCCCUCUCCCCCGCUCCCCUCCUCCCCCCUCUUGCGCUGUCGUCAAUUGGACAAUCUGUUCUGCAGACUUACUGCUUCUGCUGUCAGGGUCUCCGAGAUCCCAGCCUGACAUCUUCCAUUUCCUGCCUCCGUCAUGGCCCCCGAAGUAUCCUCUCCAACCUCUCAAUCGGUUUCGGAUCUCAAUGCCUGCGUUUCCACCUCUACCAGUCAUCAUCGCCCGGCUGUCAAAGAAACCACGUUCCGCGAAUGGAUGCUGCAUAACCAAAUCGGGAUUACUUUGACCACUCUUGCCAUGCUAUUGGCCGUCCAUCACCUCUAUCCUUCCCUUAAUCCUUACACCACGCCGUUCUUUCAGCUGUCCUACUACCAAUCUACUUCUGGUGACUAUUUACAAGGAUGGGAUGAUGUCUAUUUUGUCGCCAGUUCCGCGCUUGUCUUUAUCGCUAUCCGGGCCAUUCUCAUUGACUGGGUUCUGAGGCCCAUCGCGCAGCAUUUGGGCCUGAAACGGAAGGCCUCACUUCGUCUGGCAGAACAGGGCUGGCUCUGUUUGUAUUAUGGCUUCAUCUGCUCCCUUGGAAUGUAUAUCUGGACCAACUCUCAUCACUGGGGUGAAUUCAGCAAAAUCUGGGACCAGUGGCCGGCGCGCAAUGUUUCCGGUUUGAUGAAAUGGUAUCUUCUGGUGCAACUCGCGUUCUGGGCGCAGCAGCUUCUGGUGAUUAACAUCGAGGAGCGCAGAAAGGAUCACUACCAAAUGCUUACCCACCAUGUGAUUACUAUCGCUCUAUUUGGUUCAGCCUACGUCUAUGGCUUUUACAAUGUCUCGAAUGUCGUGCUCUCGCUUAUGGACAUUGUUGAUCUUUUGCUGCCCACGGCCAAAAUUCUUAAGUAUCUCAAGUACGAAAUGAGCUGCAAUAUCGCUUUUGUCGUGUUCAUGGUCACCUGGUUGAUCACUCGUCAUGUUUACUACCCGAAACUCUGCUGGUCCAUCUACAAGGACGUCCCUGCCAAGAUGUCUUACGGAUGUUACUCAGGUGAGACCGCGGAAAUGAUUUCGACCGAUGGCUACCCGAGCGCAUGGUCGUAUUUGGUCUCCCCAUUUAAGGACCUCAAUGGACCGAUCUGCAUGAACCGCACCGUCAAAUGGAUCUUCCUUUCCUGUCUUCUGGCACUACAGCUGCUGUCCCUUAUCUGGUUCACUAUGGUGAUUCGCGUGGCCGUCGGUGUGAUUCGUACUGGUAAUGCGGAGGAACCUCGCAGCGAUGACGAAGGAGAUGAAGAAGAAGAGCUUUUGGCUGAGAAGGAUAGUCUUCAUGCGGCUUCUCAUGCGAUCGAGAGCUCUAAUGCUGACUGGCGUCGUGCUAAUGGUUCGGCUGUACGUCCUCGGCGGGUUCGUCUUGGAGACCAAAGCGACCGCAAGGCACUUCUAGGCCGCAUUGGCUGCGACAAGCCCACGUGAACUGUCAAUGUUAUUAAGCUGGUUUCUUUUCUUGUUCGACUUUUCUUAUAACGAUAUCACGGAUAUGGACACGGAAAUGCUGAUAUGCUGAUAUCAACGACAUUGCCCAAAAAAUCUCUGCAGAUGAUCUGAAAGAGCUGGAAAAAUACGAACCGAUAAGGGGCCGUGUUGAGUUUCACCCUGAAAAAGUCCCACUGUCAAACGCUGUUCAUUCUCGCACUGGCAGGUUCCAUCUUCAUUUUCUGUCUUCUAGUUAUGACUUUCCCUCUGAGUUCAUUUUGUCUUCGCGCUCGAUACCAUUGACUUUGGUUGAUUGUGGUUAUAUCGCCUUGUCUUGCAUGCUAUAUUUUACUCCUCUGCCCAGCUUGUGUCCUUUAGAUUCAGAAAGGAAGAUUACAUAGCGAUAAGACUAUUAUCUGGUCUGGA